CCCAAGACCACUCAGACUCUCUCAAAACCAUCUCAUCUCCAUCUCUUUCUGCACUUCUCAUCUCUUCUCGAUCUUCCCUUAGCUUCUUCUCUACUUUCUCUCCUCCCCUCAACCUUCUGCUGCUAACCCUAAACCCAUAAACACCAAACACUACCAGACCUUCAUAGCUUCAAGCUCUGAAGAUCUGGAGAUCCAGCCAAUUAUAUUGCUGAAAACCCAAGAAAUGUUGAAAAGAGAAGAUGGAAAUGGUGAAUUCAGCUCAAGAAUUUGUUGGAUGGUUACGUUUUCCCGUGGCUGUCUUUCUGUGAAGUAAAGAAGAAGGUGGAAAGAGAGAUAUAUAAUCAAGUACAUAUAUAUAUAUAUAUAUAUAUUUAUCAACUCUCCAUUCUCUUUUGAAUCAUUAUUACAGACUUUACUGUCGUCUUGUUUAGUCUACUCUGGUAAUAUAUUGAUUGAAGCGAAAGAAAGAAAGAAAGAAAGAAAAGAUGGAUCCAGUUUCUGCUGCUGGGCAUUCUCAGCUUCCUCCGCCGUUCCACACCAGAGAUUUCAACCUUCAGCACUUUCACACUGAGGAUGAAGGGAACAGCGCCGCCGCCAUGGCCGGGAACAAGCGGCGGGAGAGGGACGAAGGGAGUAACGACAACGCUGAAUCUAACGACGGGUUGGGGAUUGGUGGCGGAUCGGGAGAAGGGGAAAUCUCGAGACGGCCGAGGGGACGGCCGGCGGGAUCCAAGAACAAGCCGAAGCCGCCUAUAAUCAUCACGCGCGACAGCGCCAACGCGCUCCGGACCCACGUCAUGGAGAUCGCCGACGGCUGCGAUAUCAUGGAGAGCGUCUCCGCCUUCGCGCGCCGCCGCCAGCGCGGCGUCUGCAUUAUGAGCGGCACCGGAACCGUCAACAACGUAACCCUCCGGCAGCCGGCCUCCCCCGGCGCAGUCGUCACCUUGCACGGCCGUUUCGAGAUCUUAUCUCUCUCCGGAUCCUUUCUCCCCCCGCCCGCCCCGGCCGCCGCUUCCGGGCUCACUAUAUAUCUCGCCGGCGGACAAGGCCAGGUCGUGGGUGGCAGCGUCGUCGGCGCUCUUUUAGCCUCCGGCCCGGUUCUGGUCAUGGCGGCGUCAUUCAGUAACGCCGCAUACGAGCGGCUGCCGUUAGACGAAGACGAAGGCAAUGCGCUUCCUCUCCAAGGCGGCGGAGGAAUGGAUUCCCCCGGCGGCGUAGGCGGAGGAGGACAACAACAACAACAACAACAACCGCCGCCGCAACAACAACAAAUAUUAGCGGACCCGUCGAUGUUUCAUGGGAUGCCACCAAAUCUUCUCAACUCAAUUCAGCUUCCAAAUGAUCAGGGAUUCUGGGCCACCGGCCGACCUCCAUUUUAACCAGUCUCGUAGAGGAGAACAAGAUCAUAUCAUAUCAUAUCAUAUCAAGAACAAUGGUAAACUAAACUACUUUUAAUUUUCUCGAACGCAAUCACUUGUUUCAUUAUCAUAUCAUAUCAAACAUUGUAUGUUCGCAAAUAUUUAGGUUAAAAAACAGUUUCUUUUUCUUUUUACCAUUUCAAGUUUAAAUCUUACAUUUUCACAUUCUUUUCUCUUUAAUUUAUCAUGGAUUUUGAGAGUUUGAUGA